GGGUCGUGUCCGCGUAAGGGUGAAGGGCUUGGGCAUCCUUCUGAAACAGCGCCGGGCCAAGAUCGGGAAUGCCGGCUGAAAAAGCGCUGGUGGGCUCUCAGCAAAUGCAACCAACCCCUCCUAGAUCAAUAACGUGAAAUGCACGGCCGAGAUUCCCAUGCACGCGCCUGCUGCUCGGAGCUACUCGACUAUGUACAUGCUCUCGCGCUGGCUGUCUUCCCUCGGCAGCCGCACUCGGAGGCGAUUGAGCUGGAAGUAGGCAAGUUCCGGAGUGCUCCCUGCACAGCGCUUUAUCCCGCGCAUUGCGGAAAAAGCUUCGAUGCCGACCCUGUCCUCAGCUCUCCUUUUGCCCCAACCAGAGCGCCCAGCAUGAAAACGGGCGACUGCGAUGUGCCAUAUGCGCUGCUGCCCGUGAGACCGUGCGACAUGGCUGUUUUGACUUUUUGCGGGUUGGAAAGGCGCAAACCGUCCUCGGUUCCACGAAAGAAUGUGCCACCCGCCCAUCACAAUCACGUCUAUUCAAACCAAGCUCAGCACAUGAAGACGGCGCAGGCGAUCAUGAUCAGGAGCGCAUGGAAAUGGCAAACCCCUCCGAUCGCAGGCCAUGACACAUUCCGCGGCAUGGCUGGCUGGGCAGCAUGGGGUGGGAUGGGCAGGCCGAUGCAGGCAGGCGUGUGAUUGGUGCGCAAAACAGGCAUCGGUUUCGCGGGCCAUCAGAGUUCCAUCUGCCUCCGCCAUCUCACCCGAGCAUAACUUAUGUACCUCGCGCCUCCCCUU